AUGCCGUCACGACCAACGCAUGAGAUUUGUUGGAGUGAACAAUUUACCUUUCAAGAAGAGAGUGGUGCCAUUUCCAUCGGUAGAAAAGUAACAACAUUGGAGAAUGAGGAAAUACAUCCUAUUGCCUGCGUACAGUGUAGGCGUCUUCACAAACGUUGUGAUAAGAAAAUGCCAUCAUGCUCUAAAUGCCUUUCUAAGGGACUAACAUGUACAUAUGCUGAGCCAAAGAAAAAAGGAAGAACCAAGGGCUCCAGUUCGUCAUCUGCUUCAUCGACAAACAAUCAUCACGCAUCUUCUGCCCCUUAUAUCACCACCGAUGCAUAUUCUCAACAAAACCAGCAACAUGAAAUGAAUAGUGUCAACACGGAACUACGAAUUUCUCCUGGCAGUAGCGAUUCUUCCAACAGUGCUUCUUCGACAUGCAACAACCACCAGUCAUUAACUAUGCCACCACAAAAUCAACAAGGUCCAUUAUCAGCGGUCGGUUCGGCUAGUGCUCCAUCAUUUCCCGUGGAUGCAACAUCCAAUCUUUUACGUUCUGUCAAGAUGAGUAUCAUUGAUGCCUAUUAUGAAGUGGUUUGUCUAGGAUAUCCGCUCAUAGAACGCGAUGAAUUGGAGAAAUUUAUGUUUGGUCAAGAUUAUGCCAAUAAUAAGGAAAUGCUAGCAUUUGUGUAUUCGCUACAAGGAAUUUGCCAACAACGUUUUGGAUAUGCUGAUUUAGCGUAUGAAAAUAUUACCAAAGCGUCACAGACAUUGAAACAAUUUUUCGAUGAAUAUUCCAAUUAUUAUGUGGUGGCUACAUGUUCCAUGAUUGCAUACUUUUAUGUUGGAGAGGGAGAUUCAAAGAAAGCGCGCUUUUAUAACCACUUUGUCGAUUUUUAUUUGAAAGAGCUCGAACAACCCUUCAACGAAAUUCAGAAAAAUCUGUAUUGGGUCAAAUUACUUAUUGAUUAUUUAUCGAGCCCAAACUUUCCCUUUCUGCUACCAGACGAGAUGCUUGAUUUUUUCAAACAAGUUCUAAACGAAGAUAUGCCAGAGGAAUGGAAAUUUGCUCUCUAUGACUUUCCUAACACUACCAAGUCAAACGUUGAAGAAAGAAUUUCAAUUUGUCACAUGAUAGGGAAAAGGUUGGACAAGAGAAGAACUAGUUCAUAUGCUGCUUCCGUUAUUUAUGAUAUUAUUCAAGGCUGUAUGAACGUCGGGUUGGAAAUAGCAUUACUUGCAUUUGUCGAUACUAUUUACUUUAGACAAAAGAUAUUUGAUUUGAUUGUGAAAUUUACAAACAUUACUGAAAACGAAUAUUUUGUCUUUUCUCCACCGGUAGUGGUGACCUACUUAGUCAUUUCUAUUAAGAUAUUAUUGGAAAUGGAAAAGGUUGUAGAUUCAGGAGAAUUGAACACCAACGGAAUUAAUUAUUACUCACUUUUACUCCGAAACUAUCAUGCUCUGAACGUGUUAAGUAAGAGAUAUCGGAAAGUGAAUAAUCUGUAUGGAGAUGUGAUUGAACAGUUAAACGUGGUGCUCCAAAAGAAGAAUGCUCAAUUCGAAACAUUUUAUCAGAAUCCUCCUCUCGGUCCAGUGUCACAACAUGCAAAGAUAUCCCGUUUGGUAGAAUUUGACUCGGAAGUGAAAAAGUUUUUCAAGCCAUUUAUGGAAAAGCCAAGUUUCAUUAAUUAUUUCUAUGAAAAAGCACGCACUCUCUAUCCCGUAGAGCAGCACGCAAACAUGGAUCAGAUGAGCAGCUCUGAAGAAGCUCUUUCUUAUCAUAUCAAUACCGAUCCUUUGACUGAUAACGACUUUCUACAACUGGAUCCUCUGCUCGAUGGCUCUGUAUUGAAUUAUUUAGACAGUGAAAGUUCUGUCUCAACACCAGCCAUCAUGACUGACAACAAUACAUCAACGAGAGAUUGGUAG